CAACAUCCAAUACAGAGGACCGUGGGUUUCAAUUUUAUAAAGGAUUGAAGUAGGCAAGUCCGUCUCGUUUACCACGAAUCAAUUUUGACAACUCAUCAUCCGAUUUCUCAAAUCUAUAUUGACGUCUAUCUUUCCUGGACUGACUUUACGUUACCUCAAACUAACAACCUCAACCGCCAUCUCGCCAAAAAUAUCGCGAGACGCAAAUUCCAAUCUCCUUCGCUGAACACAAUGCUAUGAACCACAUCCUCAAUAGCCAACAAUUAUGACACCUACCAUCCCACUAACAAUGCGCGCCUGGGUUCGCCCCCAUCGCGGUCCCGCAAAAAACCUCCAACUAUUCACGAUCCCCACACCAGCCCUACCAACAACAUCAUCCUCGGACGUCCUAAUCCGCAUAUCCUACGUCGCCCUAAACUUCAGCACCGAACUACUAAUGACCCUAAUUCCAAACACGCCCCUAACAAGGCAUUGGGUCCCCGAAAUCGAGUUUUCAGGCGAAAUCGUCGCCGCCGGCGCCAACGCACCGCCAGAAGUACGCGACCCCGGCACGCCUGUCAUCGGGUUCGAAAGUAUUUUGAAUCUCGCACUGGGCCGCGGUGUGUUGGCCGAGUACGUGCGUGUUCCGGGUAGUCAUGUUGCGCGUGUCGGGGGACAUGUGGAUAUGGUGUCGGCGUCGGGGAUCAAUGGGGCGGGCAGCUGUGCGUUGAAAAUUUGUCGAACUGCCGGUGUUCGGGAGGGACAUGUUGUUCUGGUGAACGGGGCUAGUGGAUCUGUUGGAUCUGUUCUUGUGCAAUUGUGCAAGGUUAGGGGGGCGAGGGUUGUUGGUGUUGCUAGUGGGGGCAAUGAGGAGAUGGUUCGUGAACUUGGGGUUGAUGAGUUUAUUGACUACCGCAAGCAUGACACACUACCGGCUUACCUGGCUAGUCAAUAUGGUGAUAAGCCGUUUGACUUUAUCCUGGACUGCGUCGGCACGCAGGCGCUUUAUGCCAAUUCGCCGGCUUAUCUCAAGCCUGAAGGUGCCGUGGUCAAUAUCGGUUUUCUGGAGGGUAUCUAUGUGACGACAGUUAACACCCUGGCAAAUAAAUUCCUGCCUACGUGGCUGGGUGGUGUGCCACGUCGUUAUAUUACAUUUAGCACGCCGCCGACUCGUGAUGCCGCGAUUCAUAUGGCGCACUUGGUGGAGGAGGGCCGUAUUCGCAUCUCUGUUGACUCUGUCUAUGACAUGGAGGAUGCUUUAGCGGCGUACGAGCGGGUUGCUACUCAACAUGCAAGAGGCAAGGUUGUGAUCAAGGUGCGAAGCGAUUAGGUCGCGAUCUAGAAUGUACCGGGGAAACUGGAAAUGUAUCUUAAUUGCGAGACUCGGUAUACUCGUGUAACUCUAGCAUCAAAAUAUUAUAUUCUCU